CGCCAUGUUCAAUAAAGUGUUCAACACCGCCAAACGUAUUUUGAGUCGAUCGCCAUCGGUCCAGGACGUUCGUGAGGAAGUUAAAAAAGCUCCACCAACAAGUCACGGCGCUUCAGACGAAAUGGUCACAUCUACGCGACGUGGGCCAGUGACGCCGCAAGGUUCGGCCUCGAAGACAAAAGGCAAAAGGGAAUUGGAUGCACACGACACGCCUACGGUAUCGAAGAAGAGGAGGACUUCGAUUAUCAAUGAAGAGGAUGCCGCCCAUAAGGAAAGCACUACCGCCGACGACGAGCAGAACGCCGUAGACACCGCCGAACCCACAGAGGCCCUUCCACUGCGCGAGAAGCACCAAAAAGAAGAAGACGGAGAGCCCCGCCGGAGUCGUCGCCUUCGACACAGCUCGCCGCCGAGUGCGCUCGAGGUUGCUGCAGAGAUCAAUCAAGCUGCGACACCAAUGUCGUCGAAAGAGGAUGCAUUCUAUACACCAGCCACACAUAAGAAGGGUUCUGUAUUCGAGACCCCGGCAUCGGUACUUCCUGACAAGGAGGGUUCAGUGACACCUAAGGCUAAGCCCGCGUCUUCUACUAAGAAGUCGUCAGGAAAGAGGUCACAACAGGCCAAGGCUCCAGAGGAGACACCCACUGCGAGAAGGAGCAAAGCUAGCAUACCAGAUGAGGUCCCUUCAUCGACAUGGGAGGGCGAAGAAACAGAAGAGGCUAUUUCAACACAAGAGUCCAAGGCAGGGCAAGAGGCUGAGACCAAGAAGAGUCACGUUCGAUUCGGCAGCGAGGAGCCUCAUCAAGAGGAAGGGGCUGUUUCCUUAGAUAUCACCGCGCAGCAACCUGUUGUAGAGGAAGAAGCGCAUGAUGACGAAGAGGAGGAUUCUGAUUCUGACGAAGCUCCAGAGGAGAUCACUGCCUCUUCAGCUAUCACAAAAGUCAAAGCGGUUGAGGCCGAAGCCGCGAAGGCUUUCAAGGCUCAGCAGGAGAGAGAGCGGGCCAGAAAGCAGGAGCGUGCUGAACGUAUGGCAGAGGAGCAGGCGCAGAAGAGGAAACGUCUUGAAAAGAGAGCAAGCGAGUACGCAAAGGUGGAAGCUAGAAAGCAAUCCUACAGCAAGCGAACGGGGCUUGAUAUUGAUGCCAGCAACCUGCCUGCCCUUCUGCCAGCUUCCCUUCUGGAGGCCGCUGGAGACGUUCGACCACCAACCCCUCCGGCGGAAAUUCCUGGCAAGUCUGCUGAAGAGAUACGCAAGGAGAACCUCAGCCGACAUAUCAAGUUUGCAGAACAAAGCCAGAAACGCGUUAAAGAUUUGAAGAAGGGCUCCCUUAGCGUACGUGUUCUUGAUCGUCAGAACGGUGCCCUGGCACCCAAAAGCAACAAGAAUGGGAAGAACGUACGGGAGCAAUGGCUAAAGGGGAGAGAGCAAGAGAAGAGGAACAAAGGAGGGAAGCGGAAGGUCGAUACUCGCAAGAUGCAAAGACGGCCUUUUGGGGGCAGCUUCCUUCGUGACGAGGAUUAAAGGUGCAAACAUGACUAAAAUGGUCGAGGAUUCAUUCAUAUUUGGUACCGUAACGAACAUGGUACAUACAUAUAUCCAGGGUAGAAAAGGGAGCAUAAGAUAACAUGAAUUGAAAAUGUUACGGAGAGCAACAAUUGGAU